ACGUCGGAGUCACGUGAUAACAAGACUGUUCGUAUUGUAUUGGACAUCCGGAAGAUGCAGUGUCUUGGAAUCAAAACGUGUGUAAUUCGUGAAGUUCAUGUUAAUGUGCUUUGAGUACAUAACAUUAUUUUCUAAGUUAUCACGUAGUUAUUUUAAGGUCAGACAUUUCGGGGAACAGUUUAGUGAAGAGGUGGAAUGUGUUUGGAGUAAGUAUUUCAGGCAGGAUAUCUCAAGGCUGCAGAACGUUUACUGUCUGGUAUGAGCACAGAAUUUCUCUUUGAAGUAAACUAUGUCUAAACUGUCCAGAGCUGCCAAGGCUGUGAAGAAGAUAGAGCCCAGCAGUGUGAUCAGGGCGAUAGUACGAGCUGGGCAGGCAACUCCAGGCCCACCUUUAGGACCUAUCCUUGGUCAGAGGGGCAUUCCAAUUGGCCAGUUCUGCAAAGAUUUUAAUGAGAAAACAAAAGACAUCAAGGAAGGAAUUCCACUGCCUAUCAGGAUCACUGUGAAACCUGAUCGCACUUACGACCUCAGGAUAAAUCAGCCAACUAUUUCUUACUUCUUGAAGGCUGCUGCUGGUAUAGAGAAAGGAGCAAGGAAAACAGGGCAUGAAUUGGCAGGAAUGGUGACUGUGAAACACAUAUAUGAAAUAGCAAAGGUCAAAUCUAAAGAUGAAGGCUUUGUAAUACGUGAUGUUUCUUUACAAAAUGUUGUCGUAUCUGUUAUAGGUAGUGCCAGAAGCCUGGGCAUCAAGGUUGUAAACAGUUUGUCAGCAGAGGAAUAUCAACAGUUCCUGCAGGAGAAGGAGGAGAGACAGAAGGCUGAGGCAGCUGCUGCUGAGGACACCACAGCUGCAAAGAAGAAGUGAUUUGAUAUUGCAAAAUGUAGUUACAUUGCUUAUGGCUCAGAGUAAUAAUUUGUGUGCGACUUACAUUGCCAAUAAAGAACAGCAAGUCCA